AUGACCGACGAAAACAAUGACAAUCACCAACGAAUGCAAAUUAAGGUACUCUAUUCAUUCAAUAACAACCCCACGGUCUUUCUAUCCCGUCUGAAGUCCCAAUAUUCAGUCAAAACAAUCGAUCUCCCUAGCACAUCUGAUGAUGAAACUAUCACUCUUGGUGCAUUCGAUUUACGUCAUUGCAUAUCACAAAUACUAAACCAUUCACCAGAGAACUUUCAUUUGCAUAAUGAAGACUAUGCUGUUUAUUAUAAAGAUUUAACAGAACAACCAGAUGAACCGUUUGUCGCACAAGGACUGUUGACAAGUUUGGUUAAUAGUAAGGAUAAAACUCUUGUUCCAGGACGAGUAUGUCGCAAUCUAAGUGCUAGUUUCUUAUUUGGUGACAAGCUGUCGGUGGCGAGUCUAACAUUGGAAAUUAGGUUGAAGUUACAUACAGUAGAGAAAUCCGAUUCUCAACAGUUUGCGAAACCACAACAACAGCUGCAACAACAACAACAACAACAACAACAACAGACCAGGAAACGACCAAAUGAAACCCAUAACCAAUACCAAAACACACACCAGCAUCCGCCUAAAAGAACCUUCAAUCAUCAUGUUGACAACACUGCUGCCGCUAAAGCAACUCGUACUAAAUCUCUUCCUAUAUUCACUCCAUUACCACCUACCCCAAGACAAGCCACUAUUAUGAACUCUGAUCGUUCAAAUGUGCCAUCGCGUUACGAUUCUAAGUCAGUACAAGAUAGAUUUAAACUGGCACCUUUCUUACAAGAACGUGUGAUAGAUAAACCACUACCAAAUAGUAGAUCAAGAUAUCCUAGCGCUAUGAGAACUCGAUCAAUGGUUCAUCAGCCUAUACCGGCAAUAUCUUCACCUAUUGAAGAAGAAGGCGAUAGUUCUGAUCCGGAAUAUAAGCCAGGUGAGCUAGAGCAAUCAAAGAAUGGCAACAACAGCGAUGAUAGUGAUGACAAUGACAGCGAUGAGCCUUCACCAUAUACUCCACAACAGCCACCAUAUAAUGACGAAAAGGUCGGAGAAGAAAAUACAAACUUAAACCCCAAUCCAUCGUCAUCAUUUCAAUCACUUCCGGACUUAGAAGAACUUGAUUCUAAAAGAACUCACACGAUUUCUCGUUCAAAGCUACCACAUAAUCAUGGUUUAAUUUGUACGAACCCUACUUGUGCCACUAAUGAGUCCAUUACAUGGCGAUAUUUCGAAACAUCCUCGGCCACUGCACCUAAGAUCUUGGCCAUGAGAAAUAGUCUGGAAUUUGAUAAACGCCACUACGAAGGCAUGUUUGGCCCAUUAUGUAAUGCAUGUUAUUUAUUCUUGAGAAAUAAGGGAUUUAUGAGACCAGAACCAGUGGUGAAAAAGUAUUUACAACAACAAAAAUAUAAAGAGAAGCCAACUAAUACUACUACUACUAAUGCAAAUACCAACACUACAUCUUCCAGUUUAGAUGCAAUUGCCCAACGUCGAUCAUCACAAAUUAAACCAAUGGAUAUAAAUGAUAUAAUGAGUCAACUUAAUUCGUUUGGAGGGCCAUUAACAGACAUCGAUCCCGUGAUUUCACCUCCGGUUAUGGCUACAAAAUCAAAUACAAGAGUUAUAAACAUGGACCCUACCCCUAACCCCGUUGAUGACCAUAGUGAUGAAGAUAAGGAGAAUAUAGCUCCUCCUUCGAACGGUAUGGAUGAUUUCGAAUCUAUACUUGCUUUUAAUCAUUCGUCGCCUUGGAUUUCUUCUCUUUUUGAAAAAGAUGAGUUAACACCAGUAGAUAUGGUUGAUCAUCAUCCGAAUUUUCCCCCGAUGAAAACAUUUAAGAAUAAUACUACUUCAUUAGAUAAUAAUUUGGCAAGAAUUGUACCGAAUAUGCCAAGCUCACCCUAUAAUAGUGAUGAGAUAACUUGGACGGCUAGUGAUAAUAAGGGUUCGACUCCAACUACUGAAUUUUAUUCAAAUGAUGAUAAGAUGUAUCAUCAUGAAGUAAUAGAAGAGGAAAAAGAACAGGUUUAGCCAGUGUAUUUUUAGAAUUAACUAAUCAUAAUAAAUAAAUAAACUACAUUAA